CCCUCCCUCUCUUAGUCCCUCCUUUCUCCCAUUGUCCCUUUUCUUCUGCAUUCCUCCCACCCCUCGCUGGCUGGCCUUUCUCGAAGAUAAUUGGAGGCAAAACUCGAUAUGCUCAAUGUCAUGGACAGGAAUGAGGUCUCACCGGCGUCUGCUGCCACCAUGAAAAAGAAGGCGGUGGCGGGCAGCGGGUGCAGCCACAUCAGUGCACCCAAGGCAGCCCCGUCCAAAUGCUCCAGAAGCCCCAGCGGACAGAAUUGCUUGAACCCCGGCGCAGCCAGCGGUAGCCAGCCCGGUCUGACCAGCGACGUCGUGAUGGAUGAGAUGGAGGAAGGAGAAGAGGAGUCCAGGUUUCAGCAUCCGCGGCUGCGCCGAGCCGGGGGGAGCGGCAGCAGCGGAGGUGGAGGAGGAGGAGGAGGAGGAGGCGGCAGUAUCAGGAUGAAGAACUUUACGCCAGGAGGGGGAGCCGCGUCCUCGGCUUCCAGGAGAGACUCCAACAAGGAGCUCUGCCUUACGCACACAGAGGACGUUCCCUCCGCCUCACGGCCCACUGCUGCCUCCAGAGCGACCGAGACACCCUGUCCGGGCGAUGCUGCCCAGCGCGGCGAGACCUGCGGAGCGUCUGGGGCGGACGCGUCGGAUUCUGCGGUCGGGAUAAAGGUUUCCAACGCGACAGCGGGUGAUGGUCGCAGCGGAGUCGCUCCAGCAUCCAGUAUGAAAUGCAACAAAAACGGAGAAUGCAGAAGCAGAAGGGACUCGGGUACCGGGAGCCUGCGCUCAAUAAUCCCCAAGCAGGAGAAGCAAACAGCGGGAUCGGGGAGAGCCGAGGACGGAGGCGCUGCCAAGCGGGGAGCCUGUAACUCGACCACAGCCAGUAUGGACGGCUCGAUCACGCCAGGCGGGUCUCUAACCGGAGGGCAAGGAGGGGAGAGCGCCAACCCGGGCGCCACCCCCGUGUCCAGCGGUGUGCCUGAGAAAAAGGACUCCAAGGUGUCCUUCUCCAACGCGCCGAGCCGGAAAGCCUCCUCCUCGCUGUACGGCCCGACCCAGACUCAGACCCAGCAGCCGAGGAACUCUGUAACUUUCCAGAAACAGGAGGAUGGACCGCCGAUUGUGCCGGCCGAGGAUGCAGAGCCUCAGGGCAGCCAAGCCAGCUUCAUGCAGCGGCAGUUUAGUAGCAUGCUGCAGCCUGGAGUUAACAAAUUCUCCCUGCGCAUGUAUGGCAGUCAGAAAGCAGUCGAGAAGGAGCAGGAGAGGGUCAAAUCAGCUGGAAACUGGAUUAUACACCCUUAUAGCGAUUUCAGGUUCUACUGGGAUUUUACAAUGUUGCUGUUCAUGGUGGGCAACCUGAUCAUCAUCCCCGUGGGCAUCACUUUUUUCAAAGAAGAAACCACAACGCCCUGGAUCAUCUUCAACGUGGUCUCCGACACCUUCUUCCUCAUGGACCUGGUGCUCAACUUUCGUACUGGAAUCAUCAUCGAGGACAACUCAGACAUCAUUUUGGACCCUGAAACUAUAAAGAAGAAGUACCUAAAAACUUGGUUUAUAGUAGACUUUAUCUCCUCCAUCCCGGUGGAUUACAUAUUCCUCAUAGUGGAGAAAGGGAUCGACUCGGAGGUGUACAAGACGGCUCGGGCCCUGAGGAUUGUCCGCUUUACCAAGAUCCUAAGUCUUCUGAGGCUGCUGAGGCUCUCCAGAUUAAUACGCUACAUUCACCAGUGGGAAGAGAUCUUCCAUAUGACCUACGACCUGGCCAGCGCGGUGAUGCGGAUCAUCAACCUGAUCGGCAUGAUGCUGCUGUUGUGCCACUGGGACGGCUGCCUACAGUUCCUGGUCCCCAUGCUGCAGGACUUCCCUUCAGACUGCUGGGUCUCCCUUAACAAGAUGGAGAAUGACACUUGGUCAGAACUCUACUCCUUUGCAGUUUUCAAGGCAAUGAGCCACAUGCUGUGCAUCGGUUACGGCCGGCAGGCCCCGGAGAGCCUGUCAGAUAUCUGGCUGACGAUGCUGAGUAUGAUUGUGGGAGCGACCUGCUAUGCUGUCUUUAUUGGCCAUGCAACAGCUCUGAUCCAGUCCCUGGACUCAUCCAGACGACAGUAUCAAGAAAAGUACAAACAAGUGGAGCAGUAUAUGUCCUUCCACAAGCUGCCUGCCGACUUCCGACAGAAAAUCCAUGACUAUUAUGAGCACAGGUACCAGGGCAAGAUGUUUGACGAGGAAAGCAUCCUGGGUGAACUCAGUGAACCUCUCAGAGAGGAAAUAGUGAACUUCAACUGCCGAAAACUGGUGGCAUCCAUGCCGCUGUUUGCCAACGCAGAGCCAAACUUUGUCACAGCAAUGCUGACUAAGCUACGUUUUGAGGUGUUCCAGCCUCAAGACUAUAUUAUAAGAGAGGGCACCAUUGGCAAAAAAAUGUACUUCAUCCAGCACGGCGUAUGCAGUGUUAUCACCAAAGGCACACUUGCUAUGAAACUGUCUGAUGGCUCUUAUUUUGGAGAGAUUUGCUUAUUGACAAGGGGUCGACGAACAGCCAGCGUGCGAGCAGAGACAUACUGUCGGCUCUACUCUUUGUCUGUUGACAACUUCAACGAGGUUUUAGAAGAGUAUCCAAUGAUGAGAAGAGCCUUUGAAACCGUCGCCAUUGAUCGUCUAGAUCGUAUAGGUAAAAAGAACUCUAUCCUGAUGCACAAGGUUCAGCAUGAUCUCAACUCCGGUGUUUUCAACAACAGGGAGAACGAAAUGAUCCAGGAGAUCGUCAAAUAUGACCGGGAGAUGGUGAAACUAGUGGAUCUGCAGCGGCCAAGGGCCAUGUCUAUGACUCCCUCUAUAGGUGGGAUCUUUGCCCCUCCGGGUCAGUCUCAGUCUGGGUCUGCAAUUGCCACCCUCCAGCAAGCUGUGGCCAUGAGCUUUUGCCCUCAGAUGGCGAGCCCUUUGGUGGGUCCGGGGACUUUGCAGUCCCCGCGCAUGGUGCGACGGUUUCAGGUGAUGCAGAACUUGUCCAGUCCGAUCUCAAUGUCUCCUCUUCAGUCUCAGCCUCCCCAAACACUCGGAGGGGCAUUUGGAUCUGCUAUUUCUAGCCCCCCGGUCCAAAGCCCGCUCACAGCUACAGGACGGACUUUUCAGUACAUGGCGAGUGUGGGACCGUCGGGGUCCCAGUUGUCCCUUGUCCAGCACCACGCACCCAGCCCCACACAAACCACCCAGCAGAGGCCCGCCUCACACAAAAGCACCCACUCUCUCCAUAUGGGUAGUUUGAGCCAGGACACCCGGGCCUUGUCUGCAUCUCAGCCUUCACUCCCCCAGGAAGGAACACCACAGGCUUCCUCUGCAGCCCCCAGCCCCCCACCCUCCACCCGCACUUCCAACUCCUCCAUUGGCCCCCAACAACCUCCGCACCACAACUUACCGGGACCCUCGGGUGUGGGGAGACCGGUUGGAGCCCAGCCGAGGGUGGCCUUUGCCUCCACUCCUCCUCCAGGUGGACCUACUGGAAUGGGGGCAGUAGCAGCUGCUGGACCAGGACCUCCAGACUCUGGAGUUCCCAAGAAAGAUUCGAUUGUCAGCCUUCCAGAGCUAGACUCUGCCAGAUCCCGGCUGUCUUCCAACUUGUGACCCUAGUGGAGUUCAGUAGAGAGGCCUUUUUUUGUAGGAGAAUCAGUGCGGUUAAGGUCAGUCCAGCUGAUCAUUCAGCUUGCUAAAUGACCAAUCAGCUACUGCCAGCGCCACCAGUCUUUCAACCUUGGUGCACUGUGUGCUGGUGUCAGCAGGAAGAAAGGAGCUGCUCGAAGUAGUGAAGUACUUUGACUACGGGGAGUCAAUACGAUUAUAUUAGUAUAUAAAAUUAAGGUUGAACUGGUCUGGUCUACUGUGCCAGCACCUUUAGUCUUAGUAUCACCCUUUCACUCUGCUUCCAAACACCUACUGCAUAUCGCUGACUUUACUGUAAAGAUACAAUGAAAAAUAUGAUUAAUGUACCAAUUACAUACUGUGUAGAAUCCAUGCAAUGCAAUCUAGCAGGAGCUGGACUUAAAAAUGAAAAUCAGGGACUUGAGGUCAAACGACAAUGACAUUUUAAGCGUUCAAAAGUGUUUUAAAUGUAAUUUUUUUUCCCUCCGUGUAAGCUGUCGUAGCAAAAGAACACACAUCUUCAUAUCGUUCGAACUAGUAGUGGAGUUAGUGUUUUAGACCGCUGGUCGAUCUUACAUCAAUGUGUAAAUAGUCGAUGAAAAAAGUAAAGAAGGACAUUAUAUUCAUUGUAUCUACCCAAAACCAAAGUUGAGCUUGAACACCAAGUCUGGUUGUGUCUGUAUCAACUAAAAAAGAAACAUAGAAGAAAAUGCCAUUUAUUUAACUGCCUUGAUUCAACGUUAGAAGCCAUAUAUUUGGUUUGCGUGUAUGCAUAUAUGUGAGUGUUGCUGUGUGUGUGCGUGUGUGUGUGUGUGUGUGCGUGCGUGCGUCAGAGAGUUUUUGUUUAUACGUUUUGGUUCCAUUUUCAGAGAAGGGACUCAUGCACUCUACGACCCAUCGUCAAGUAUGACUGGUUGGAAAUGCUGACGGUGGCACUGCCCUGUUUUCAUGAAUCAUCUGGAAAGAGGUCAGCUGUUUGCUCAACAUACUGAUUGUAACCCUAAAGGCAAAGAUGGUUUAAUAAUCUGAGCUUUACUGAAAGGAAACAUUUGUGAACAACCCAUACUGUAUACUUGCUUGUUUCUGUCUAGGUUCAUCGAUUAACACAUGCAAUAUAAUUCUGCAAUACUCUACCCCGCCUAUAUAUAUAAAUAUAUAUAUAAAUAUAUAUAUAUAAAUAUGAAUAUCUAUACUUAUGCUGUACAGGAAAGUGGACUUGUUUCUUUAUGUAUUUUUUUGUUUGUUUUUUAUUAUGUGAAAUUUUAAAGAAUCCAGCAGCUAUUGUGGCUUCACUUGAGGUAUUGUAAUCCAGUGACCAUGUUGUUACCUUAACCAAAAAUGUGUGAGGGAAUGAAAGGGUACGUUGCUGUGUUAUUUUUGUGUUAAAAGAAAGAAAGAAAAAAAAACCAACACUACACUAACUGCUUACAACUGGUUUAAAGACACAGGAUGAAUCCACGUUUGAGCUCAGCACGUCAGAUCCUCAAAAAUGUCAACCGAAAGGCAUUUUCAAGUGUUUAAAUUCAUAGGGUGGCCAAUAUGGGGUACAGACGCCUCUGUUGGAAAAAAAUCACCUCGAACUUCGGUGAAUGUCUCCACUUUUAGGUGCACAGAAAUCCUUUGGUUCGAAGUGCGAGAGUGGGUCGAGGCUCUGAUUAUUUUUAUUCGAAACAUUCUGAUCCUGUUGAAUCUAAAAACUCCUUCUCCUGCUGAAUGUAUGCCAUACGAGGAGGACGACAGCUAAUCAGUUUUAAACUGCCAUGUAAAUAAAGGGACAGAGGAAUUUAUGAUGCAAGGGGGGGACUUAGCAUUGCUGUAUGAGUUGCUGAGUGUCUGUGUGAUUUUUUAAUAGUCUGUUGAUGCUUAUUUGGGUUGAAGAUUGCUGUAUUUACCAUUUAUACUACGAUCCAAUAACCCCAGAUCUGAAUAUUACAGAAAGUCUAAAAAACAUUUAAUGAAAAGGGCAUGAAUGAGAGCGUGCUGUAACCACUUUGAACCUCUCUGUCCAAAGUGAGAAGUGAGGACGUCCACUUAAGCACCUUGUGUUGCACUACAACCUUGUAAUCAAAAAGAAAAAAAAAAAAAAAAAAAAAAAAAUCAAUGUUCUGUUCUCUCAAAUCUGUCGUCACACUUCUUCUGGACCCAACAUAUGAUUAAACUGUAAAGACGAGUAAAAGGGAAGUCAACUGGGGCAGCUGGUUCAAUGUGUUAAACAAACAUGGUGGCCAACUUUUUCAGCUCUGAACAUUGAUUUGGAGCCAAACUGUAAAAGUCACUGGACAUUUCACUCAGGUUUUCUACCUUCUCACAGCUUUGUAUUGAUUGCCACAAUGUGGCUUUCCAUUGAUUUAUGUAGACAUGUCUAUUCCCAUAUUUUGAGCUCAUUUACUUAAUCGUCUUGAGUAAUUGGAAUUGGUGCCAAAAAAAAAUAAAAAAUAAUAAUAAUCCUAAGAUUACUGUUAUCUUUAGUGCUUGAUCUCUCGUUGUGAGAUCUUAAAAACUGGUGACAGUCUUUUUCCGAGGGCUUCACUGAAUGGCUUGUGAACCUUUGGUCAUUUUUGUACAGUUGGAACUAAAAUUUAAAGGUGAUUAAAAUGUUUAUUAAUUUUAGUGAUUCAAAUUAAAAACUGAAAUUCUUAUGCAGUUUAAUAUUUUAAGCAUGCAUGUAUUUCUGUUUGUUUUGAUGAUUAUGGCUGUCCAUGUACUGCACUCUAUAAGCACUCAGCAUUUCACUGGGCUCCUUUUGCCCAGUCAAAUAUGAGUGAAUUACUGCAUUAGUGCAACACAACAAGGAAGUAUUCAGCAUGUGGUUCUGCUGAGAUGUCAAGUAAACCCAAGAUCAGUUUAACUGCAGCCUUCAGCUUGUCUUCAUUGUUGAGUCUUGUAUCUUUCAUCUGCCUCUUGAAAACACUGACAGGUCAGAUUAGCUUUUCGGUCUGUAUAUCUCAGUGACACCAUGGACAUUGUUAGUGUGGGCAGGUGCCAAUUCAUGAUAGAAAAUUAAAUCAAUAUUUCUGUUGUAAGCCAUCAUCAUCAAAAUUAAUGGAAACAAAAGUUUGAAUUGUGUAAUUAAUCUAUAAUACUAGUUUUACUUUUUAAGUUGAAUUACUGAAGUAAAUCUACGUUUCAAAAAAAUGUCUAACUUAGUGUGGCACACCUGCAAGGAAGCAAACAAAAUUACAUUUUGUGUUUCACAAAAAACUAAAUAAACUUCUUUUAGUCUUUCCUGAGUCACAGUACCGCCUCCCCAACCUUUCAGUGAUACAUGAAUCAUGAAUUGUUUUCUUUUUUUUCCUGUGGGGAAAGUGAGCACCAAAACACCAACACCAUUCUGAAUGAAAUCUGUCUGAGUUGUGCUUUUCUGUGCGCUUCAGUACUGUUCUGUCUGAUUAAUUGGUCCUUCUCCUGAGUUCUUUUUGCUAAUACCAGAGUUUGCCCUGUUAAGCUGCUAUCAAGACUGUGCAGACCUCUGAAUGAGUCCACAGUCGGCGAGAGCAAGAUGAAUGGAGAAUUAAAGAGCUAAUGUUUCAGGCAAUAUCAGGCACUGUCUCUGUUUCAUUGCAUCUACAUGUAGUGUGUCAUUCCCUCCCACUCAAAGGAUGGCAUUUGAGAUACUUUGAUCGGCGCCGCUCCGUUUGAACCGUCAGCCACAGGCCCGAUACAGGCCCCAAGCGCACACUGCCAGUUUACCUGUUUUUGUGUUUGUCUCACGGGUUGCUCGGUGUGCCGGCGUCAAGCGGCCAUUGAGACGCGUGUGCUGUGUUGGCCUGAUGGUGGGCCGGUUCAAAGUGUGAUUGUUUAAUAAUUAUUCUUCUGGACUUUGCUAUAAAGUGGGAACGAAUUCCUCCAAGUGUGUUUGGCACUGACUGACAGUGAUAGAGAAUCUCAAAGUUUCAAGCCUCUCACUCAGAUGUUGAGGGUACUGAAUGCCUUGGUGUUGAUUUGUUAGCAAAUCAGGGUCUUAUAUUUGUCUGUUCUUUCUGAGUUAUCAGUCAGUUUUAUUUGGUUGUAGAUUUAUGAUUUAUAUUUACAAUGUGCCCUCUGCACUUGGACUAUAUAUACCUUGUGCCUAGUACAUCUAGUUUCCACAUAGUCUCCUUUGUGGUAUGUAUGUGCCUGUAAAAAUGCAAAUAUGUGUUUUUAUUUCCAACUUGCAAUAUAUGUACAAACCAUUAGAUGACUAGUAUUGCUAAAUUACAAUGACAAUGUCAGUAUAUAUAAUUUUCCCUGAUAGGGGAAACACAAAAUUGCACAUUUUAUGUUGGGUUGAACCUUCCAACACCAUGCGCGCUGUAUUCGGUAUGUUCAUGUUCUGUACAUAAGGUAUACACAGAGAUGUGGGACACCUUCUUGGGUUUUCACCACAACCUGGUGUUUAAGCAUCAGUUUUACAAAGGGAGGGUGAGCUCUGGCUAGCUCCUGGUGGAUAUCAGCGGUCUAGACAUUAGCUUAGGAAAACUGCUUGAGCCAAAAACGGCAGAAGUUAACUAGCAAAACUGUGGAAAUGCUUGCACAAAAUCAAAAUGCAUAUACAAAAUUAUAAAAAAAAAAGAAAAGAAAUAAAAAAACAGGCUGUUCAUAUGCUGGGUUAUUGUCAGUCUGUGCUGUUGCACAGCUUUUCACACUGAUGCUGGUUGCACACUGAUCUGGUGUUGGCUACUAAAGGGAAAAAAUAAUUCUGUCCAAGACUGAAUCCAAAUCUUGAGUCACAGCAAGUCUUAAACAUGACUCCCAGAUGAGUUAGCUGACAGACAAAGCAGAGUGCAUGCUUGUAUUUUUCUCAUUUAAGCAGAGUUCUGUGUAUGAUUGUUGUGGGACCUUCAAAUCUAGAAACUGUUGUGUACCAACUACUGUACAAUGAUUUUAUUUAGUCUUACAGUUUAACUUUUGUGUCGUAGCUACUGUAGCCUGCUUAACUUACCUAAGCCUUCUCUCUGCUUCAGGACUCUGUGUGCUUGAGUUUGUGAGUGUGUGUGUGUGUUCCUGUGCCUUUCCUUCUAUAAUGUUGGUCCCACUUGAGAAUAUGAUGCCAUUUAGGGGGUUGAAACCCACACAAAGCUGAGAGAUGCCAGCACAAAUAAAGUAAUAAUAAUAAUUAAAAAAAAUACCAAUAAAAGGUCACAACCACAGUUGUUUUCAAACUACUAAACAAUAUUGAAAUGCUUUCUAGAAUUCACUCUAGCACAUCCUAGACUUAGUGGCAUUCCACAGCCUGCACGAAUGGCUCAGUGUGGGCAUCCAGACACACUUUACCAGCACUAUGAAGAUGACAGCACAUAUCUCUGAAACACGUCUCAUCUCUCGAUGAAAACCAGUCUGCAGACAUCUCAGGCUGUGCUCGGCUUCUGCUCAUACAAAAACAGGCUUAGGUAUUACUCAACUUCAACUCUGUCUUAAGUUGACGUUUAUAUUCCAGUGGCAACUCAGCUCCCAGCCCCAGCCGCAGUGCUUACCAAAUAGGUCUAAAAUGAUGGUGGGUGGGAAACUGGGCUGGUUUGGGUGAUCUCUGUUGUCGUCUUGUCUCUCCAGACUGAGAUACAAAGCUGGUGGCUGAGGCGAGGGGCUGAUUUGGUCCUGUGUCCAAAAGGCUGUCUUGUCCAUCACCUUUGUUGGUCAACAACACAGAACCACAUCCUGGUUUAUCUCAAUAAGCUGGUCUGUCAGUCAGUGGCAAUGUUGUUUCAGCAUCCAUAAACAGACAUAAAAUACCUUGUUGUGCAAUAAAAAAAUGAGCGCAUUGGCAUACUUAUCCCUGUGUGUUG